GCUGUAGUUUCACUGUAUCGGACGUUUGGACCAGCUCUAUCCAUCUAUCUAUCUAUCUAUUGAAUAAUUAGCUAACAAAAUUAACAUUAACUUUGAUUUUUUCCCCCCCCUAUUUAAUUAACAUUGGCGCUGCGUUGACUACAACUACAUCUAUGUAGCUAACGGUCAAAAUGUCAAACUUAAGAGCCAGUGAGGACGGAGCACAGGAGAAUCCUGACUUCUCAUUAACCAAGGCAGUGGAGGAUGUCAGUCAACAUGGCUACACCCAGACUGAGGCCUUUAAAAAGAAACAGAAGACACUCAGCUCCCUGCAGGCAGCUCUUUCAGAUGUUGAGAGGAAAGGUGAGAUGGCAGAGCAGGAGCUGAGAUCUAAAGUGAGGGACAUCCUAAUGCUGGAGGGCGACAUGGAGCACCUGGAGCGUCAAAAAAAAGUCCUGCUCGAUCGCUGUGUAUCCAUCAGCAAAGACAAUACUGAACUCCAGAAUCAUAUCUGCGAGGAGGAGGAGAGCGCCCGCAUGGCACAGGCAGGGUUCAACACCUACCGAAACAAGAUGGAGGGUCACAGAGCAGCUGUUCUGCAUGCAGCGAGACAGACGGAGGCCCAUAAAGAGCUGGAGGAGAAGAGAGCGUUGGUCAGGAUGUUGAUACAGAAGAAAGAGCAGCUGAAGGAAGAUUUAGAGAAUCCAAAUGGAAACACAGUGCACAUGGCAAAGAGAGAGCUUGAUGCUCUGAAGGAGGAGAUCUCUGUGAGGAGGAAAGCCAUAGCUGUGAGGAGAGAGCAACUGCAAAAAGAGUUCAAGACUCAUACCCAGAUAAAGAAAGACAUAGAGAUCCAGAACAGGCGCUAUGAAGCCAUCAUCAAGCGCCUCCACUGCCAACUGAGCAGAGCCCAGGCUGUCCACAGGCAAAUGUCUGAAGAUAUCUACCACAUGGAGAGACAGCUGGCUGAGCUCAAGAAGCAGCAGGAGUCAUCACAGGACUCAGCGGUCAGUGGCCACUAAACUGUUGUGUCUGAAUAUGAUCUGUGA